AUGUCCUGGUUCACCCGCGGCAAAGACGAAGAGAUCCAGGAUGGACCCCGACGACGAACUUCGAACCUGUCGUCAACCCGAUCCAAGGAGACGCUGCCAAGCCACGAUGACCUACCACCACGAGCUUCCACGUCACUGUCCUUUCGAUAUACACGCUCAAGACUGCAAUCGUUACCUGAGCGAAGUCAUACCUUCGCAAAUCCGAGCGGCACCAAUAGGACGACCCAGGACGAUCUGAGCGCGAAGUCAGCCACGGCCGCAACCCUCCCAGCACAGACGCAUACUUCACGAGUCCGCUCUCGUGCCGAGUCUGCCAACGCCCAGCCAUUACUACUAUCCCGUGAUGCAUUCCUAUCAAGUGAAGACUAUCGGAUCUACCUCAAGAAGUCCAGUAUCUCUCUGCCGUACAACUUCGAACACAUCACACACACUGCUGCGCAGGAGCUGCCGCCGCUAGACACUGUCACCGAACGAGACCUACCUGCCCGGUUCUGGUCCCUUUCAGCUUACCGGCGACCGACCAGACAUCUCACAGGCAUACAAGCCGAUGACUUAUCGCAUAAGCUUCCUGUCAUGGGCAUCACACGAGGAGCGCAAAGCUCUAGGCCCGCGUCGCCGACUCUGUGCGAACUCGACAUUGAUCGUCCGGUGGCCGUAGAGUCAUUAUGCGAUUCCGAAAGCCUUGGAUCACCACUUGGCAAGCUCGAUGUUGGUAAGGCUCUUCCGAUGCUACCUUCGUCUCUCAUGUCAGACGGUGUCGACGCUCCUCUGGAGCGCAAAUCAUCAAUCGCGACACUCAACGACACCAGGCUACAUCUCCUCAGCCAAAUGCCAUCGCUAGAUCAGCUGUCUCCUCCGACGAAAAAGUCGCAGAAUCUUGGCACAUAUAAGCCGAAAGGCGCACCACGACAAGCACCACCAAAGCCAUUAGAUCUGGUCUCACAUCCGCAGGCUCGGGAUGCGAAUGCUUCCGACUCGCCUCGGGUCUCUAGUGAUGUGGAAAGCCCGACCGAGAUUAUGUCGCCGACUACUUCACCUCGACUGUCCCAAACCGAUUCUCACAGACCGCCUCACUACACUGGACCGGCUUCGAUAUCAGUCUCCUCGAUCGCGACCACAGCGUCAACCAUGUCAGCACAAUCACGUCCCUCCACCCGGGCAAUGGUGACGUUGGAGUCCCCAAUGGCCUCUCCUGUAAUGGCUUCGCCCCCACGAUCCUCGAAUUCUCGUGCAGCUCGCACUUUGUCCGCCGACUCAUGGGAAGCUGAUGUGGAGUUCUCCUACCAAAUGGAGGCGGAGUCAACCUGUGAUUUUCAAUGGAACGGGUCGACCAGACAUGACUCUCGGAGCACCUUGACCCCUGGAGAGCGAGCAUCUAGCCGGCCUGCAUCGCGUAAAGUUUUCCCAAGGCCACCAAGCACAAGGCCAGGGUCUGCGCAGAGUACUAUAAGGUCAGCGGUGAGCAGAAAGACGUCUCGCGAAACACUACUGUCGAAGCAGUCGCCUGUGGGCCAUCGUGGCUUCUCCGCCGCAAGGACUAGCUCGAGGAGUAGCCUCAGACCUCCUGCAUCGCUUGGUCUAGGCGCCAAUGGUGGCAUGAAUGCUGCAAGCGUGCUCUCGCCAAUCUUCAGCGUUGCGGGUGCCGACUCACCCGCUCUACCUUCACCGGUGUCCCCUGUGUCGCCAGCUUAUGAGCCAAAGCAGGCUCCUAUACAGGAGGUACAAGAAUAUAGCCGGGAAUACCUGAGUGACCCGGAGUCUAUCAAUCGCUCCUCCAGCUCUUGUAGCUCAGGUGACACGACCUCCUACCGGAGCGUACCCUCCGUGCGCCGAGACCCAGCACGCUGGUCCUUUGCAUCAGCAAACAGCGUACCAGAACUUAUGCAGAGCAAGCACAGGAGCAAGUCCGGACUACAGCAAAGCACCACUGCACGCCAGCUCGACACAGUCCCUGCGAGCCCGGCCAAAGGUAAUGGGGAAGGCGAUCUCGCUGGUCGGCCUUCGCCACCACCACAGCAGCAGCUUCCGCCACUACCGGUAUAUGACCCAACGAGAAGUUCAUCGCAACUGUCAGAUCACAAUGCUGUGCGACAAGCAGCUGGAAGGGCUAUGCAGAGACUGUCUGCUUCAAAGCCAUUCUCCCACUUCAACGCCGUGCAUGAGAUCCGACCUGGAAAGGCUGAUGAGCGGUGGAUCUGA